AUGGCUAUGCACGACUUGUCGGGCGUGCUUUACGACCCCUACGGAGAGCCAUUAUUACCUCUACCCUACACUAGCCUUCUGCGAACUUCCCCACGAGAACUGAUCUCGCAGCUGAGAUCACAUUUUGUGGAUCUGCUUCAGCCAGCCAACCUCGAUGUCGCCGGCGGCACUGUCAACCAGAUGGCAAUACUACUUACUCUCUGA